AUGGACUUUGACAAUCUCGCGCAACAGCAGUCAGAUCGAAUAUUCCGGGUUUGGAUACAAAACCUACUCAGGAAUUCACCAGAGGAUUUGGCGGGCAAGCUCGCUUCCCGGCAUUGCCCUGGUACGCCUGUGACAGCGUCGCGACUAUCAAACGGCGCUUUCAAUAUUUGCUACCGGGUCACCUUCGAAAAUGGAGAUCGCGUCGUGGUUCGCUUUGCGGCCCUUGGUCGUGUCAUCGCUCGUAACGAAAAGGUUGAAGAUGAGGUCGCCAUAAUGGAUUAUGUUGCUCAGCACACAGCGAUCCCUGUUCCAAAGGUCUUAGGGUAUGGCAAGUGUGUGGUGGGUCCGUACAUUGUUAUGUCUUUUAUUGAAGGGAAUCAGUUGAGCGGAUACCUCAGAGAUUCAUCUCAGGAGACAGUCACAUUGAGUUCGAAUAUCUCGAUGUCUGUCCUAAGGAAAGCCUAUUUCGGGAUGGCUGAAGUGCUGCUCGAGCUGUCAAAACCCGAAUUUACGUUCAUUGGAGCUAUCAGACAAGACGAGUCAGGUGGCUGGACUGUGUCAAAAUGUCCGCUCAGUUUUAACAUGAAUCGGCUUGCUCAAUUUUCCAACAUUCCACACAGUAUCUUUGAGCGACGGCAUUUCAGCAACGCAGCGGAUUAUUUUGAGGAGCUCGCUCAACAACAUUUCUAUCAUCUCGAGCAUCAACGCAACGACGCAGUUACGGAUGAAGCCGACUGCCGGAAGAAAUACAUUGCACGUUGUCUUUUUCGCAAACUUUCGCGUGAGGUAUCCGGAGAACAUUGCAGUGGACCUUUCCGGCUCUACUGCGAUGAUCUUUGCCCGGACAAUGUCCUUGUUGAUGCAUCAAGGCUUGUUGUCACUGGGGUGGUCGACUGGGAAUUUGCUUAUGCUGCCCCAGUUGAAUUCACAUAUGCUGCUCCAUGGUGGCUCUUAUUGGAGCGCCCGGAGGACUGGGAACUCGAUCUAGAUCAGUUUUUGGUUCGUUUCAUGCCGAGAUUUCGCACUUUUCUUGAAGUACUUCAAGAUUGUGAGGAAAGAAAAAUCAAAGGCGGAUCCUUGUCCCAGUCCCAGCGUCUAUCGAUUGCUAUGGAGAAAUCAUUGGAGACUGGACUAUUUUGGAUUUGCCUUGCUUCAAGACACAGCUCCAUGUUUGAUGAGAUCUAUUGGAACUUCAUUGAUCCAAAGUUUUUUGGACCUUUUACAGUGCUUGAGGAUCGACUACGCCUGUUAAGCACAGAAGAGUGUGCGGACAUUGACAUUUUCAUUGAGAAGAAAAUACACCAGGCAAGUGAGGGUAAUUUAGUUUCACAUUACAGCAUUGACGAACUAGUUGAUCUGUAA